AUGACUGAAAGGAAAAUGUGUAAAUUCUAUAACUUGAAUGUGCCCGAACGACGUAGCGGUGAUACUGGACUUCAAAACCAUGGGGGAAACGAGGAGGACGACAGGCACACCGAGGACCCCUUGGCGCCUUACGUGCCUCCACAUGAGCACAAAUUGGAGUAUAGUUACUGGAUGUGGUUCUCGCGUCGGCCGCCCGCCAGAGAACUGUCGUCGACUACCAGUGGCUAUAGGCAGGCUCUUCGUAUGGUGGGAUGCAUAGGGUCGGUUGAGCAAUGGUGGGGCCUCUACACACAUUUGUCAAGGCCCUAUGAACUCCCUCCGCUCUCUGACUUACAUUUGUUCAAACUUGGCAUAAAACCCAUGUGGGAAGAUCCGAGUAAUGUGAAUGGUGGGAAGUGGGUUGUGCGAUUGAAAAAAUCGCAGACGGAGCGAGCUUGGGAAGACCUCUGUAUGGCAAUGCUCGGGGAACAAUUCAUGGUUGGGCCUGAGUUAUGCGGUGUUGUGCUGUCUGUACGCUUCCAGGAGGAUCAUUUAGCGGUUUGGCAUCGAACAGCCUCAGACGUUGCAGCUGCGGGUCGCGUUCGCGAUGCGCUGCGCAGGAUUCUUCAGCUGCCCACAAGUAUGCCGAUCGAGUAUAAGGUGCAUGGCGACUGUAUGCGCGCCACCGCUUCCAGGGCUCCAGAUCCGCCCACUACGGACAACGGCGAACGCUCGACGUAG